GUCAGUCAGGGGUGCCCUGAAUGAGGCGCCUCUUCCCUUGGGAGCCAACCAACACAUGGACAUUAUUAUCAUCCCCGAUCAAUUCACACUCCGCUUUGGAGGGGACCGUCGGGAGGGAUCGGAAGGUGUGCAACUGGAAAAGGGAGAGGCUAUCUAAUCGAUCUCCCUAUAUCGGACUGACUUUACAAUGAGCAAGAACAGGGUACUCCACUGAAUAGACAGCAAGCUACCGAUCUACGCCGAUUUCUCCACAUCAGCACUCGCAAUCUCCACACGGGGGGAAUCUGCUAGGCUGCCCUGACUAUACAAUUGUUGUCAGCUUCAAGUCCAGGCCGGGAAGGCUGAGGCUGUGCUCGGACUCACAAUGUGACGACCGUGACAACGUGAUGAGGGAGGGUUAGGUAAUCAGCAUGUAGUUAGGUCUCGUCUCCCUCUCUAAGACACUCACUCCUUUACCUUACUAGCCUGACGUCACCAAUCGUGGAGGAUGACAAGCUCAAGGUGAUAGGUGUCUUCACUCCUACUCUUCAUACAAUACUCUCUGCUAUAAUACUAUCAUCGAGUCUAGCUCUCUACUCUACUCUAUUCUACUUUAUAAAGUUCUAUCCACGGAGCGUAUCCGAUACACUCGAACCUGUCACCGUUACACACAAUACCUCUGUUCAGCUCCACACAAACUCCCGUCUCACCCUUUCCCCUCCCCGGCCAAGUUCACCAAACGAAAGAUGAGCACCGAGUCCCGUAAGCGGCGGCACGAUGAACAACAAGUCGAGACGAACGAGACGACGAAACGAAGUAAGAGCAACACUUUGAAAGUUCGCGUCUAUUGGGCGCCAUUGAACGAGAAGUGGGACGUGGAGGUGGAUCGCAACGACUUGGUGACGGACUUGAGACAACAAGUGUUGGACAGUCUCCAAACCCCGGGCAAGUACGCGCCGCCCAAUGUCGAGGUUGUGGCGAGUUGUAUCGGAACCUCGCCCACAAGGUGUAGAAGAGUCUGACCAACAAUACGCUGCAAUGCUCCUUCGCGGCGGCGUGCUGUUGAAACCUACUAUGAAGAUUGAAGAUAACGUUCCGAGGGAGAGCAAACCUUAUCAAAUCCAUUUCUUUCUGCAGCCAAAAGACCAUAAUAAUAACGUCCCCCCGCCGCCUCCUGAAUACAACCAGGGGGAUCGGAAUCCAAUUCACGGUACACUCGAUCUGUUAUUCGCAGGCCAGCUGAUCCAUGGUACUCAACGCUCUAAGCAGAUCUGGGCACAUACGUCGAGAGCGUUCGCAGAGCACCAUCCCCGUCAACCAGAGCGGUCCCAGAGGCGUUCCAAGAGAUCCAGCUUCAGUCUCCCGUAUACAACGGCCGUGGACCAUUGAUGUUAGGCGCACCAAACACGAUUCUGUGCGAACCUUUCGCUCGAUACGCUGCCAGGCUUUGUCAGACUUCAGAUCCCGAGAAGUACCCGGACGGCUUUGCUGCAUGCGUCCAGCUGCUCAUGCAGAAAGCUUCAAUUAUCGAUGCCGGCCGUGAUGAAGAAGACGACCGGAGGAAGAGACUCGAACCUGGAAUGCAACAGAUCCUCAAGUGCGAACUGGAGGACAUCCAGGAUCACCACAGCGAGAGUGGAGCCGAGGGGCACUCGCGCGUGACCCUCUCCAAGUUCGGUCACAUCUCCGCGGAUAUCCUAGUCGUUGAAUAUAAGUCGGAAGUCGGAGCAGGGCCAGCCGAACCUUCCUUCCAGGUCCAGCUGACUGCGAGGAAGGGAUGGGCCCAGGAGACCAACGCCCUACUUUGCGAAGCAUCCAACUGCCCCGUUCUCCUCAUCACGCUGAUCGGCCCGUUCCUUCAAGUCAGCGGGGUGGUAUUCCAACCUGCGGCCAGUGUCAACCAGUUUACAGACAAUCUCUCGCUGACGUUAGACACUGAUGAUUUUCAGCGCAUUGACCGGCUCUGUCACGUCCUAUGGUGCACUCAACAAUGCGCCGAGGACCUCCAGACAUAUUACUCUGAAUUGGAACCUCCUGCGGAGAAUCAUGCGAUUUCCGUCCUGCCGUACAUGCCGUACUCUCGACGGUGUGGCGACUACGAAAUUCGCUAUGUCUCUCAUUUGGAGAACACUCGUCACCAGCAGCCAAUGUAUAUGGCAAAAGCAACCGGUUCCGAUGGGCAAGAGACCGAGGUCGUCGUCAAGUUUACUCGAAGAUACAGCUGUCUUUGCACGAAACGUUGGCGCGAGUUGGGUUCGCUCCUCCGGUGUUUGCGGAGCAGUGGAUUGCAGGAGGGUAGAUCGUCAUGGGUUUCGUCCCCGGCGCUCCAUUAUGGGAGGCGGAGCUAAACUUCUCUUCGCAGCAACAGGAAGACGUCCGAGCACAACUGCACAAGAUAUUGAAUAUCCUCAAAGACAACCGUCUGGUACACGGCGACCUCCGAACCCCAAACAUCCUUAUCGCCGACUCUUCAGAAGGCAAAGUUCAAGCCAUGAUCGUGGAUUAUGAAUUUUCUGGAAAGGUUGGAGAGGCACGAUACCCACUUGACCUGAGCACCGUGAUCGCAUGGCCAGACGGCGUGAGAGGGGGUGUCCUUGUGAUGACCGAACACGACAGGGAGAUGAUAGCUAAACUUUGACCAUCGCGAUAAUAAUAGUAA